AUGGAAGACCAAUUUCAGAUGUUGUUUGAGAAAAUGAGAAUUGAAAUGAAGGAACAGAAUACAAGAUUGGAAGAAUCAUUAACAGACAAAAUAAUAAAUAGAAUGGAUGAGAAGUUAAAACCUAUCUUAACAGAAAAUGAAAACCUAAAAUUAAAAGUUGGCACCUUAGAAAAAGAAAUCGAACAUUUAAGAAGAUCUAAUAAGGAAAACAAUUUAAUCAUUUUUGAUUUGAAAGAGGAGGAACGUUCUAUUACCGAGUUACUGCAGAAUUUCCAAAGGCAAUGCCUGGCGGAUUUAAAUAUAACACUCAAAAACACAGAGGUAAAUAAAAUAUACCGUAUCGGAAAACCCAGAAAACAGGAAGGAAAACCAAGGCCGAUUUUAAUAUCCUUCGUUAAUAGUUGGAAGAAGCACGAAAUCCUUAAAAAUAAGAGAAAAUUCAAGAAAUUGCAUAUUUCUGAAGACUUUUCCAAAGAAGUCUUAGAAAAAAGGAAAUUAUUGAAACCAAAAUUGAUAGAAGAACUAAAGAAAGGCAAGAUUGCAUAUUUAAAAAAUGAUCAACUUAUAGUCAAGGAAAACUGUUCUAACACUGACAAAAGGAAGAGAGAAUUAUCAGCUUCUCCACAAACUGAACAAACGGCUCAACCAAAAAAGCAACAGGCACUACUAUCCUCUAAAACUAAUCGAACAAAUGCUUUUGACAUGAUGAGGGCCAGAUCGAGCUCCCUUUCUACUUCCUCUGAUAAAAGACCAUAG